UAUUUCGUUUCGCGCCCUGACGACGUCUGUGACUCAGUGGAUAGCUAAUCCAUCAAUAGUAUUAGUUCAAAGGCAUGAUUCGACCUGGACAUCGCCACGAACCGUGGAAUCAGUGCAAGGAUGACAAGUUCGGGGAUUCGCCAGUAUACAACUGGGUUGAAUGGUCGGUGACGGCUGGCGUUCAACCAGCGCAUGCGGUUCAAGCCGGUACCGAUUCCGAUGGAUCACCGAUAUUCGUUGGCCGCGUUAAUCACUAUGGCAGCGUAUUGCCCGCAAAAGUGAUUCCGAUACGUAGAGUAGCUUAUACGUCCAGCGAGGGAAUCGAAAUUUUCAAGGCUAAUAUUGAGGUACUGUGUGGGCUUGGAUUUACUUGGAUUCCCAGUGAAAGAGGUUAUGUUCCGAAGGGGGCAGUUAGUUGUGGAAACUCAGCCUUUGGCGAACCUGUAUACAUCGGGCGAGCCCAUCACGAUGGCAGUGUGACACCUGGCAAAAUAGUUCCAAAACAUGGCUGCUUGUAUAUUCCGUACGCUGGCUACGAGCAUGCCCAUCCACAGUACGAAGUGCUGGUUGAUGCUAGAAAAUCUCAGAAACAAAGUGUAGGAGGAAAAUGGGUUCCAGCUGAAACCAAAGGUUCUAUACCACCAGGUGCCCUCAUAGCUGGGAACGACAGCGACGGAACCCAAAUCUAUCUGGGGCGCGUCUACCGUCACGGAUUGGUUCUGCCAGCUAAAGUGAUUCCUCGCAAACAGAUGUGCCACACAGGUGACGAGGGACUGGAAUUCGAUAUGACCGAAUACGAAACGCUCUGUCACGCUAAUGUGUCAUGGGUACCGUUUCGUGGUGUAUAUCCGAUUAACGCGAUCGAAUGCGGCCUAGAUCGAAACGGUGAAAAAUUGUACUUUGGUCGCGGUCGAUACAAAGGAAGUUUAACGCCAGGAAAGAUUCUCGAAUGCAGCAAAGUCUUGAAAAUUCCUUUCGAUUGGAAGGAAAUCCCUCUGCGAGAAUUUGACAUUUUAGUAGACAAUAGUCACCCGACGAAUAAAUGCAGUCAAACACUUUAUUGGCAGUCUUCUACUAACAAAUCAUCGGUUCCAAAAGGUGCCUUGCUUGCAGGUUAUGAAAGCAAUCGAUCCCCGAUUUACUUGGGUCGUGUAAUGUUCGAAGGAAACCAACUGCCAGCGAAAGUGAUCCCGCGCAAAAACAUAUGCCACACGGGCCACCGAGGAAAAGAACAUGUUAUGUCAUCUUACGAGGCCUUAUGCAAUGCUAGAGUUUCCUGGCUACCCUUUCGAGGCAUCAUACCGCCCAAAGCGAUUAUUUGUGGCCGUACCCAGUGGGGUGAAGCGGUCUAUGUGGGACGAGGACCGUACAAGGGCAGCUUGACUCCUGGCAAGAUAUUGGAAAAUGAAAAGGUGCUGAGGAUUCCCUUCGAUUGGAACGAGGUAGCGAUUAGAGAUGCCGAAAUCUUGGUGGAAAUUUGAAUGCGUGUGUUGCUUUUUAUUAGGUUCAGAGUUCGAAUAGAA